CUGCCACAUCCGUCUCAGAGCGAGUCAGUCUUUGUGUUGUGUCGCGGUCUCCUUGAGCCGUGCCUCGUGUAUUGUGCUGUUAAUCGCUCGUAUAUGUCAUCCUCGCCUCGUCUGUUCUAUAUAACCCGUGUUCAUCUCCUCUCAGCAUCAGUCCGAGCUGGCUCCUCACUCGUCAACAUGCAGAGACCACCAGUCAUAAUAGUGACUCCUAUUCAUAUAUAUCUCAUCAUACUUCCCAGCUACCUCCCUCCCCCUCCUCCGAGUGACGUCAUCAGCUUCUCUCGAGGAGCUUCAUCUGUCCAGGAGUUGAGAAGAGUUCAGGAGCUAGGAGACAGGAGCUCGCCUGUGACACGCGGAGACGACGACUUACAGGAACCAGCGGAUCCGGCCAAGUAUAAGUUCGGUCACUCGGUGAUCGAUCUGGAGGGAGCUGACCUCGGAGCCGGAGACGAGAGGAGCCGGGGGCAGGAGCUAGUGAUGAUAGAAGAGGAGAGGGGGCGACAGAUGUACAGGCCGUGGAGUACGGGGCUGAGGGGCGAGGAGGGAGGAGGGGGUAUGAGUCACACGAGGAGCACCAGCGGGGGGGAGGGGGGCGCCCAGGAUACUGAGCACAUAAUCAACGGCUCUGUACAUUCAUACAGACAGUGGCCAACAAUUGAUCAGAUAAAUAGAUUGAAAAGAACUUUGGUUUGUCAGAAUAUAGUUCAGGACAGUUCAGAAGAUGAUGUUCCCGUCUCCACGACCAAUAAUAUCACGUCUGAUAGCAACGGACCGACGUGUAUAUAUGAAAUGAAUGAUAAGGAUUACAAAGAUGUACUGGUAUCAGGAAACUUCCAACACAAGCAACCGAAGAGAUCAAGGAAUCGCCAGCGGUAUCCCGAAACACAAAGCUUUCAGAAAUAUGAUGAAUCGUCUCCACUGAUAUUUAUUCUUCGACCCGUUCUUGGUUGA